UCAUCAUUCCCUUUCUGAAAAUUUCACCGUUUUUGUUUCUUAGCUCCUCCACAGCGCUAAACAAGUAGCAAGGCACGCCAAAGCAAAUCAUUCCUGCUUCUCCCAUCAGGUGAACAAGUGAUAAAGCCAGAAUUUUUAUUAAUUCAAUUAUGGAAGGAGAGAACCUAGCCAGUAUUGAAAUCCCAGCAAAGGAGGAAGCUGUUAAUGUAGGAAUCAAAGAAGAUGAAGAAACCACCUUGGGGGGAGAAUUCAUUAAAGUAGAGAAGGAAGCAUUAGAUAUGAAGGAUGGCUCUAAUGUGGCUAAGCUUGCACCCCUGCAAGAGGAGUCGGCGAUCACGGAAAGAAGCGUAAGGAAUUCAAGUAGAGAACUACUUGAAGCCCAUGAAAAGUUGAAGGAACUCGAGCUUGAACAGGAAAGAGUGAGUGAAGCAUUAAAGCAUUCUGAAUCAGAAAAAAACAAACUGAAGGAUGAGGCUUUGCUUGCAAAGGAGAAGUUGGAUGAAGUGGAAAAGAAGUAUGAUGAACUUGAUCUCAGUCACAAAAAAUUGCAGGAGCAGAUCAUUGAAGCUGAACAGAGAUACAGUUCUCAGCUAACCGAUUUGCAAGAGGCAUUGCAAGCUCAAGUGGCGAAACAGAAGGAACUCACUGAAGUGAAGGAAACAUUUGAUGGUCUCAACAUUGAGAUUGAAAACUCAAGAAAGAGGAUGCAAGAGUUGGAGCAGGAUCUGCAGAGUUCGGCGGAAGAGGCACGGAAGUUCGAAGAAUUGCAUAACCAAAGCUGCUUGCAUGCUGAGUCUGAGACACAAAGGGCUUUGGAGUUCGAGAGAUUGCUUGAAACUGCAAAACUUAGUGCAAAAGAAAUGGAAGAUCAAAUGGCUUCCCUCAAGGAAGAAGUCAAGGGCCUGUAUGAAAAGGUUGCUGAAAACCAGAAGGUUAAUGCAGCACUUCAAAGCACAACAGCUGAACUUUCUGUUGCUCAGGAGGAAUUGGCACUUUCUAAAGCACUGGUGCUGGACUUGGAGCAAAGAAUUGCUUCUAAGGAAGCUCUUAUUAGUGAAUUGACUGAAGAAUUGGACUUGAGAAAAGCUUCAGAAACUAGGGUGAACGAAAAUAUCUCAGAUUUUGAGAAUAUUUUUGCUGCAACCAAAGAUGAUCUUCAAGCUAAGGUUUCUGAGUUGGAAGAUAUCAAGUUGAAACUGGAGGAAGAAGUCAAAGCAAGGGAAUUGGUCGAAGAAAGGCUGAAGGACAAAGAAAUUCAGGUCUCCGUUGUGCAGGAAGAAUUAAAUAAAGUGCUAAAAGAAAAAGAAGCUCUAGAGAUAGCCAUGUCGGAUCUCGAUAGCAAUGUAGCACGGACAAAGGGGUUGUGCAGCGAAUUCGAAGAAAAAUUGAAGCUUUCAAAUGAAAAUUUCUGUAAAACUGAUUCUCUCUUGUCUCAGGCUCUAUCUAAUAAUGAGGAGCUUGAACUGAAACUGAAAUCUCUUGAAGAUCUCCGUAGUGAAUCCGGAGCUGCCGCAUCAACUGCUUCUAAACAGAAUCUUGAGCUGGAGGAUAUACUCAAGGCAUCAAAUGAAGCAGCAGAAGAUACAAAAUCGAACCCGAGGGAGAUUGAACCACGUUAUAUAGAAGCUGAGCAGAGGAACGUGGAGCUUGAACAACAGUUAAAUUUGACAGAACUAAAAGGUUUUGAAGCUGAGAAAGAACUGAAGGAAUUCUCCGGGAAGAUAUCUGAGCUUACUACCAAAUUGGGAGAGGUAGAGGAAGAAAAAGAACUGCUAAACAAUCAAAUGCAGGAAUAUCAGGAGAAGGCAAACACGCUAGAAUCAGCUCUAAAUCAGUCAGCAAUUAAAAACUCAGAGCUUACGGAGGAAUUGAAGAUUGCUGCUGAGAAAAGCGCUCAACAUAAAGACCGAGCUAAUAUGAGUCAUCAGCGCAGCCUUGAGCUAGAGGAUCUGCUCCAGACUUCUCAUUCCAAAUUAGAGGGAGGCGACACGAAGGUCAAUGAGUUGGAGCUGUUGCUUGAAGCAGAGAAAUACAGGAUUCAAGAACUUGAAGAACGGAUAAGCAAAUUAGAGAAGAAAUGUGGAGAGGCAGAGGCCGAGUCCACUAGAUACUCCAAUAAGAUAUCUGAACUUGCAUGCGAACUUGAGGCAUUCCAAGCUAGAACAUCAAGCCUUGAAAUUGCACUGCAAAUGGCCAAUGAGAAGGAGAAGGAAUUGACAGAUUGCUUGAAUUUAGCAACUGGUGAGAAGAAAAAGUUGGAAGAGACGUCUCAAGGCUCCAGUGAAAAGCUUGCUGAAGCAGAAAAUCUGGUGGAAAUUCUGAGGGAUGAUUUAAAUAUGACACAACAGAAAUUAGAAAGCAUUGAAAAUGAACUUAAGGCUACUGGUUUGAGAGAAAGUGAGGCAACGGAAAAGCUUAAAGCCGCUGAAGAGCAACUAGAGCGACAUGUAAGAGUAUUAGAGCAAGCUAGUACAAGGAACUUGGAGCUUGAGUCAUUACAUGAAUCUCUAGCAAGGAAUUCAGAGGCUAAGCUCCAAGAAGUGAUGGAAAACUUCACCAACAAGGAUUCAGAGGCGAAAUCUCUGUUUGAUAAACUUAAAUCUUUUGAAGAUCAGAUAAAGGUUUGUGAAGAUCAGGUUGCUGAAGCAUCCGGACAGUCUGCAAAUCUAAAGGAAGAAUUGGAUCAGAGUUUAACAAAACUGGCCUCGUUGGAAAGCACAAAUGAACAACUCCGAAAAGAGAUGUUGGAAGUAGAAAAUAAAGCUCUUCAGUCUUCUUCAGAUAAUGAACUUCUUCUUCAGACAAACAUUCAACUCAAGGCCCGAAUUGACGAGCUUCAGGAAUUGCUUAAUUCUGCUGUUUCUGAGAAGGAAGUAGCUGAUCAAGAAAUUGCUUCUCAUACGUACACAAUUAGAGAAUUAUCAGUUCAGCAUACAAAGGCCUUAGAACUUCGAGCUGAAGCUGAAUCCCAAAUUGUGGAAGCAGAAGCACGUUUACAUGAAGCUAUUGAGAAACACACCAAGAAAGAAUCAGAAGCCAAUGACCUGAUUGAAAAGAUGAAAGUGCUUGAAGGACAAAUUAAAACAUAUGAAGAACAAGCUCAUGAAGCAUCCGAAAUUGCCGUAUCUAGAAAAGUCGAGGUGGAAGAAACUCUUGCAAAAUUAAAGCAGUUGGAGAGCUUUGUUGAGGAGCUUCAAACCAAGUCAUCUCACUUUGAAAACGAGAGUGGAGAACUAGCCGGGGCGAAUUCGAAGCUUACCCAGGAACUUGCUACAUACGAGUCAAAACUCAGUGAUUUGGAGGCCAAACUGGCGGCUGCCCUGACAGAGAAGGAUGAAACUGCUGAACAACUUCACUCGUCAAAGAAAGCUAUAGAAGAUUUAACGCUGCAAAUAACUUCUGAAGGGCAGAGAUUUCAAUCACAGAUUUCUUCACUAAUGGAGGAGAAUAAUCUGCUCAAUAAAACCCAUCAGGAUACAAAGGAGGAACUUCAAUCUGUAAUAGAACAGCUUGAAGAGCAAUUGAAAAAAGAAAAGGAAAACGAAAAUUCUCUGACAUUGGAGAUCAGGAAUCUAAAGGACGAGAUGGCAGAAAGUUCCAGGAUUCAAACUCGUGAUAAAGAGCUUGAAGAACAGUUGGUGAAGCUAGAAACUCAACUGAAAGAAGAGGUUAACAAUCUAAGAUUGGCUGAAUUCACUUCAGAAUUAGAACACCGUGCACAAAAUCUUGGUGAUGGAGAUUCUAUCAAUGCACAAGUUCUUCAAUUUCAAAGAGAUUUACAACUUUCCCUGAGAGCCAUUAAUCAACAGAAAGAGGAAGAUUCCCGGAAAGAGUUGGAACGGGAAGCGAUUUUAAACCGUUGCCUUGAAGAGCUUGAAGCCAAAAAGGAAGAAACACGACUACUUGAGAAGAAGGUCAAAGAGUUGGAAGAUAAACUGCAAUUAGCUGAAGCUAAAGUGAAGGGGGAUAACGGUUCAGCCGAACCGAAGGAUGAAGUAGGGAUGAAAUCCAGGGAUAGUGGUGGAUUAACUUUUACAACACCAUCGAAAAGGAAGAGCAAGAAGUUGGAAGAGGCUGCAAAGCAAACUCCGUCCUCCUCUUCUUCGUCGAUUACGCACACCGAGGCUUCUUCUCCUUUGACCACCGUGAAGUUUAUAGUGGGAGUGGCUUUGGUAUCGGUGAUCAUCGGCGUUAUAUUUGGGAAGCGUUAUUUGUUUCAUUGAUAUUGCAUCUGCCCAAAUAUAAUGUAUGCACCGCAGAGUGAAAAGCUUAGUUUUGUGUAUGCUUUUCUUUUGUUGGUGGAGGAACUUGUUUUCAUUCCUUCCCUUUGCUUGUUUGUCAAAAGAUAAAUACGGUUGGUUUGUAUAAUGACAUCAUUCUAGACUGUAUUAUGGUA